AUGUGGGCUUCACCUCGUUAUGCAAUCUACAUACUUAUGCUACUUGACGAACUUUGUACAAAGCAGAGAGAAGAUAUGAUGAAAGAAGACAAAAGCAUUCAGAAAAGAAUACCACGUUCGGUACCAAAAGGAAAGGAAAAGAACUAUAAGUAUAUGAUUUAUACUGAAGAGAUGGAAAAUGAAGAAGAUAAAGAUAUGGUUAUGUUGCAUUUAGUCAGAAGAAACAACAAAAGCUUUUACGACCUUGCUAAGAUUUACAAAUCUGACAGAAAUUGGUUCUAUCGCGAAAACUUACCGAUUUCAAUGACCCCAAAUGAAGAUGUGAAACAAAUAGUUCAAGAUACGUUACCUCAAACACACUAUGAUAUUAAAGGUUGUACAAUUCUUACAUUCAAAGAAGACUUACCGCUACUGAAAGAAAAAAUAACAGAGUAUUUUGACAACUUCAAACAAGCAGAGUAA